AUGGUCCCUAUGUAUCUCGGAUACGGGGAAUCGAACCCCGAGCUGUGGCAGCAGCCCGUCCAGAUCGAUGGCGCGAGGAGCUUUAGCCAGUCUUCCAAGCGAGGCGCCGCCCUGAACGCUGCCCAAGAAGCUCUCAAGGCCGCCAAGGAAGCAGCCAACCUGUCCCCCGAAGUUGUCAAGGCGCGCAUGAGUCCCGAAGAGACCAAGCGUCUUUCUAUGGUUCGAAAUAUUGGUAUUGCAGCACACAUCGACAGCGGUAAAACAACAUGCACCGAACGAGUCCUCUUCUACACCGGCCGAAUCAAGGCGAUCCACGAGGUUCGAGGUCGAGACAGCGUCGGCGCAAAGAUGGACUCUAUGGAACUGGAACGCGAGCGAGGAAUCACCAUCCAAUCCGCCGCGACCUUCUGCGACUGGGACAAAAAGGAAAACGGAAAAAUGGAAACCUAUCACAUCAACCUGAUUGACACCCCUGGCCACGUCGACUUCACCAGGUCGAGCGAGCCCUGCGAGUUCUUGACGGCGCCUAUGAAACGGUACAAUGUCCCCCGGAUUAGCUUCGUCAACAAGAUGGAUCGUAUGGGUGCCAACCCCUUCAAGGCGGUUGAGCAGAUCAACUCCAAGCUUAGGUUCCCCGCUGCCGCUGUUCAGAUCCCAAUCGGCUCCGAGAAGGAAUUCGAGGGUGUCGUGGACUUGAUCCACAUGCGCUCCAUCCGAAACGACGGCCACCGAGGUGUUCAGCUCAAGAUCUCCGACCAGAUCCCCGAGGAUCUCAAGGAACUCGCCCAGCAGAAGCGCCAGGAGCUUAUCGAGAAGCUUGCCGACGUCGACGACGAGAUGGCCGAGAUGUUCCUGGACGAAAAGGAGCCUACCCCUGAGCAAAUCAAAGCAGCCAUUCGCCGAUCCACCAUCGCCCUGAAGUUCACUCCCGUCUUGAUGGGUACCGCUCUUGGUGACAAGUCUAUCCAGCCGAUGCUCGACGCCAUCUGUGACUUCCUGCCGAACCCCUCCGACGUGCAGAACAUGGCCCUCGACCGCUCCCAGAAGGAGAAGCCGACAGCUCUGGUCCCGUACAACGCCCUCCCCUUCGUCGGUCUCGCCUUCAAGCUCGAGGAGAACCCCUACGGCCAGCUCACCUACAUCCGUGUCUACCAGGGUCAGCUCAAGAAGGGCAGCUACCUGUUCAACUCCCGCACCAACAAGAAGGUCCGUAUUCCCCGUAUUGUGCGCAUGCACUCCAACGACAUGGAGGACGUCAGCGAGAUCGGUGCCGGUGAGAUCUGCGCCGUGUUCGGCGUCGACUGCGCGUCCGGCGACACCUUCACCGAUGGCAACCUCCCCUACACCAUGAGCUCCAUGUACGUCCCCGAGGCCGUCAUGUCCCUGUCUAUCAAGCCCAAGCGGAGCAGCGACGCCGAUUCCUUCUCCAAGGCCAUGAACCGUUUCCAGCGCGAGGACCCCACCUUCCGCCUGACGGUCGACGAUGAGUCCGAGGAGACCAUCAUCUCCGGUAUGGGCGAACUGCACCUUGAGGUCUACGUCGAGCGUCUCCGCCGCGAAUACAAGGUCGAGUGCGAGACCGGUCAGCCCCGUGUGGCCUACCGCGAGACCAUCACCCGCCGUGCCGACUUUGACUACCUUCUCAAGAAGCAGACUGGCGGUCCCGGCGACUUUGCGCGCGUCAUGGGUUGGUUGGAGCCGUUCGAGGAGGACCCUGAGAAGAACCACUUCGAGACGCAGGUGGUGGGCGGCACGAUCCCGGACAAGUUCCUGGCGGCGUGCGGCAAGGGUUUCGAGAUGGGAUGCGAGGAGGGCCCGCUGCUGGGCCACAAGGUGAUCGGCGCCAAGCUGGUGGUCAACGACGGCGCGACGCACGUGACGGACUCGUCCGACUACGCCUUCCAGAUGGCGACGCAGUCUGCGUUCCGCAAGGCGUUCAAGGACGCCGGCGGCACGGUGCUCGAGCCGCUGAUGAAGACGACCAUCACGGCGCCCAACGAGUUCCAGGGCAACAUCAUCAUGCUCAUGAACAAGCGCGGCACCAUCGUCGACACCGAGAUCGGCCCGGAGGACUUCACCCUCAUCGCCGACUGCUCGCUCAACGCCAUGUUCGGCUUCAGCUCGCACCUCCGCGCCUCCACGCAGGGCAAGGGCGAGUUCAGCAUGGAGUUCAGCCACUACGCGGCGGCACCGCCGCAGUUGCAGAAGGAGCUCAUUGCCAAGUAUGAGAAGGAGAGAUUCGCGAAAUAG